AUGCCAUCGGUCGACUCCUGUCAAUUCGGAGCCACAGGGGCGGAAAUCGAUAUCACAUUCCGGCAGAAGAUCGAUACAUCAAAAUUAGACAGUUGUGAUCAGAUUUUCACUGAUAUAAAUUCUCUGGGUAAAGGAGCAAAGUGCAUUUGGCAGUCCUUGAGAAUUUUGUCGAUCGUCAUUGGACAGGGGGACAAUUUGAUCGUCCCAGGGUCAAAUUUAACUUUUAAAAGCGGAUCCGUGAAGGUCGACGGUGAACUAUAUGCACUGGCUUUGAAUGGUUCAAUCACCGUAACGAAGCCAUCAAAGCCCUUACCAAUUAAAGCGAUCAUUACUGGGCCCACUAGAUUACCCGUAUGUGGUACAGUGCUUUUCUCUGGAACAAAGAGCACCGGCGCAGGCGGCAGAGACCUUCUUUAUGAGUGGAGCUUGAACACUUUAGUUGGGAAUCUGAGCAGUUUCGAAGUCAACACGACUGAAUUGAAUGAAGGAAAGAAAUAUUCCUUAACACUGAAAGUUACCAACUUUAUGUCCAACUGGAUUACAUCGACCCUAGAAGUUGUCCGUGAGAGCCAGGCGAUUCCGAUUGUGUAUAUCACAUCAAAUGUCGAUACGAGCAACGUACAGCUUUCAGACACGUUUCAUCUUCACGCCAACGUUAUCCUUCCGCCAUGUGUGUCUGCGGGAGUUACUUACCUUUGGUCAGCAAAAGCCAACAAUAAGUUGCUCAAUUUGGACCCGAAAUGGGCAAGUCUGAACAGAUACAGAGUGCAAAAGAAUAAAUUACCCGGUGGAGAAUUUCGUACCGUUGGAGUGGACAGUACACAAAAUUUGGUGCUCGAUGCCAGUUUGUCCUACGAUCCGGAUUAUGACGGAACUGCUGACCCUGACUUGAAAUUUGACUGGACUUGUCUUCAGGAAUCACAAGGACAAAUAUUUCCCUGCUAUAUCGGAACUUCAUUCAAGAAUCACAGCUCCAAGACUUCUCCUUUGUUAAGACUGGCAAUUAGCGACCUACAAGCAAAUAAUAAAUACAGUUUUAGUGUUAACGUUUAUAAAGGAAGAAGGAAAGCUUUUGCCAAGACAAUAAUUGAAGUGACGGAAGGAGACCCACCUGAAGUUGAACUUGAACCUUUACCACGAGGAGGAUUGGUAAUACCGACAGAACCUCUUUGGCUUCGAACUUAUAUUCGUUCCUCCACACCAGUUACCGUUGAAUGGAGCACACUAGACACAGGAAAAGCAGGUGAAAGCUUUCUGAACCUCAAUGACUCAUCAAAUCUCUUAAGACCAACCCUAACGGUAAACACGCAACAAAAUGGCGUGCAUUUCAGUUUAAUUGUCAUCAAACCAAGUAAGUAUAACUUAGCUUACGUCUUUCAUUAA